AAAUAAGUACUUUUCGUUUAUCGUGAUGUUGUCAUGGAGAUAACAGUAUGUUAACCAUACUUGGUAACGUGAUCAAUAGCAACUUGAUAGCAGGUAGCAGUCACAUAACGUUUUUACAAAGUGUGAAUUUCACAAAGUUCAGCAUAUUAACGAGACGUAACAUGUGGUGGGGAUAUAGUGAGCCAUUAGAUUUACAAAAUGAAAUAACUCAAAGAGACGAUCAGGUUUCAAGCAAUCUUGAAGUACUUAUUGUAGGUGCUGGUGAUGCACGGCAUAUUGUUAAAACGCUAGCAUCGUCUUACGUGCAUUCCGAUCGAAUAAUUACAUAUCACGUUAUCGAACCAACCUUGGAACAAGUUGCUAGAUCGAUACUCUUAUUGAAUAUCUGUUUACAAAAAGACUUGGGAUUACAGGAAGCAACGCGGUAUUACUUAGAGAUUUUAGGCAAUACUCUUCUUAGACCAGCCACAGCAAAGUAUUUAGCAAAGUGCACCAAACAACUGGUAGAUAUUUCAACUUGCACCAUUGACUGUCCAUGGUUAUCAUUAGAAAAGUUCAAAUACAAGGAGAGAGAUAAUUUAGAGUGCAUUUUUAAGUUUUGGACACGUGCAACGCGAGAAGGAGUCCCUAUUAUAAACUACUGGGACCGUAGAAUUAGGAAAUCAUUAAAAACAAGAUAUGACUACAGAGAAGGUGUUUUCGAUUGGGACUACUAUAUGGUCUUAAAGCCUAAAGGCAUUUUUAAUUUGACUAUACAAGAAUAUAGGUUUUGGAGAAAUAACGGAGUUGCGUUUACAUGGCUUGAAGGUGAACCAGUCCGAAGUAAUCCGACCCUAUUAAACAAUAUAAUACAAUAUGGAUCUGGAUUUUUGCAUUAUACAUACCUUGGAGACAUUGUAAACGGUCCAUUUUUUACUUGGGCUGCAAAUGAGAGGAAAGAUAAAAUGUUUAGGGCAACUGAUAUAGCUGAAGGAGAAUUAAUGCGAACUAUUUACGAGAUAAAAACGAAGGAACCAUUAUGUGAAGAUUAUAUUGGUGCUCAUAGAGAUCCCUCAAUUUUAAAUGGCACUAUAGUGACUGAGAUGCCAGACAUCGAAAUGGAACUGGAAUCGUGGACAAAUGCCAACGAUAAAACAGAUAAAGAAAAGAUUUCUUGGAUUGAAAUACCAAAUCACAAGAUAAUUUUUCACUCUGCAUCAUCAUUGGAAUUACUCAAAUCUAAGUGUGAAUAUGUAAAGAAGUUUCAUCUAAUUUGGGUAGCACAUAAUAUGACAAAACAAUUAGAAAAUUUGGUACCACUGGCUUCGACAGAUGCAUCAAUCAUUGUGGAGUUGCGCAAAUAUAUGACAGAAUUACAUAAAGAGGAUUUGCAAAACUUUAAUAAAGAACUGAGCGAAAUUGUGCAGAAAAACGGGCUUCGUUCUGUCUAUGAUUUUAAUUCCAACGAACACACACUUGCUCGUUUAUAUAAGAACUAAAAAAUUAGUUGUUUAUAAAUAAAAAAAAAACUAAAUUCUACACCUUUAAGAUAAUUAUAUCAUAAUUAAAAGGAAAUGUAUUUGAAAU